UGAGAAGUUGCCAGGGCCGACUGGGCGAAUUGUGGUCCUCAACACCAACCUGUACUAUAGCAACAAUGAGCAGACGGCCAACAUGGCCGACCCUGGCCAGCAGUUCCAGUGGCUGGAAGACGUGCUGACCAAUGCGUCCCGAGCUGGGGAAAUGGAAACUCCUACUUCUACAUUGAGAUUAUUAAGCUGGUGGGACAACCACACAAUUACACGCCUUGUGAUAAUCUGGGGACAACGGCAAGGUGCAGGAAUAGGGGUGGAAACGGACAGCUGCUCAUGGCCUGCCUUCCCCGUGACCCCUAUCCAGGACAUGGUGACCUACUUCAUGAACCUGAGCCAGGCGAACGCGCAAGGAUCGGUGCGCUGGGAGCUCGAAUACCGGGUGACCGAGGCCUACGGGGUGCCGGACGCAGGUGCCCGCUCCAUGCACGCGGCGCUGGGCCGCAUCGCCAGCGACCAGGGAGCGUUGCAGCGCUACUACGUCUACAACUCGGUCAGCUAUGACGCGCGGGCCUGCGGCGAGGUCUGCCGCACAGAGCACUUGUGCGCGCUGCGCGAGGUGGACUUCGACGCAUACGGCGCCUGCCUGCGCGCUCCCGGAGCUGCUCCCGCGCCCCGGCUCGCGCUGCUGUUGGCGGCGCUGCUCGGCCUGCGCGCGCUGCUCACGAGGUGACGUUGAGCGCCUUUUGCCCGCCAGCCGCGUUCGUCUUCCUCCUGAUAAAUUGGGGCCAGCGUCGCCCACUAAGAGUUGGACUUUUACACCAUAUCCCUCCGCGUCCGCAGAGUUAAUGGAUGGGACAGCCAGAUCAGGAAGUGAAGCUGAAAGACCCCACCAGAAGCACAUUUCUUACAAGUUUCACCUUUUAUCGGAAAAAAAAAGCUCAACGUGCAUCUUAUUCUGUGUAUUCCUUUCAAUAUGUAAAUCAUGUUUAAAGCAACUCCCUUGCACAGUUAUUGAACGUCCUCCCGUCCCUCCAUACGGAUAUUCGGAGUAAAAUGAGCCAGGAAGAUGCGCCUCGAUAAUCCGGCGCUCUCCGUCUCUCCAGCACACUGCUCGAACUCGAAGCACAAUUAAUUCGCGAAGUCCAGCAAUCUGGGAUCAGAAAGAACCUUUCUGGGGUUUUUUAGGCGGCAGUUCUUGCCCGGGCGCUAAUCUCUGGACCAUUUUCGCGAUUUUGGGCGUCCAAGAGCCUCAAGUGCAAAACAAGGGAAUCAGAAGCCUGCUAAACUAAGGGCAGUACACCUCGGGCGGCCCGUCUUCGGACCUAACGGUCCUCAGGGCUCAGCGAGGUUGGGUGGAG